GAAAGACGCAAUUGCUCGCAGCAAGUCAUGUCCUCAAUCUCUCCUAUUGUGACACAGCCAACAACACACUUCUCCAUAAACGCCAACAAAAACCAAUACCAACAGCCCGAAAAUCUCACACUACUUAUCGAAAAAAGCAAAUCCAUCAAGCAUUUAACUCAAAUCCACGCAUUCCUUAUACGCCGUGGCCUGGAAACCCAAACCAUCCUGAAUUUCAAGCUCCUCAAAUCAUAUUCAUCUUUGGGACAUGUCCAAAACUCCCUCUCAAUCUUCAAUACCACAGAAAACCCAAAUGUCUACUCCUAUACAGCAAUAAUCCACGGCCACGCCACAAACGGCCUCCACGAACAAGCCCUCCACUUUUACACACAAAUGUUUACCGAAAAAGUAGAGCCCAACGCUUUCACUCUUUCCUCUGUCUUGAAGGUCAGCACCUUAAAAACCGGAAAAUCUCUUCAUUGCCAUGCUUACAAGCUCGGGGUAGAGUCAAACAAUUAUGUCCGGACAUCACUUAUUGAUGUUUAUGCAAGGGGCGGAGAUGUUGUGUCUGCCCGUAAGGUGUUCGACAAAAUGCCUGAAAAGAAUAUAAUAUCCUCAACAGCAAUGAUCACCGGUUACACAAAGAAUGGGGAUAUCGACGAGGCAAGGAAGCUGUUUAACGCAAUGGACGGGAAAGACGUCGUGAGCUGGACCGUGAUUAUUGGCGGGUAUGCUCAGCACAAGAGCCCAAACGAGGCUUUGAUCCUUUUCAGAAAAAUGAUGAGAUCCGGAUUGAGGCCGAACGAUGCAACUAUGCUGGCUGUCCUCUCUGCUUGCGGUCAAGUGGGUGCACUUGAGUCGGGCAGGUGGGCCCACUCCUACCUUACCCACAACAAAACCUUUACAAUCGAUGCUAGAGUUGGGUCGGCCUUGAUCGACAUGUACGCGAAAUGCGGGAGUUUGGAGGACUCCCGUUCGGUGUUUGAUGGGAUUAGAGAUAAAGAUGUGAUCGUGUACAAUGCCAUGAUCGGGGCUUAUGCAAUUCACGGCCACACUAAGGACGCUUUGGACCUUUUCCGAAAAAUUCGGGAAAACGGCCUCCCGCCGACUGACGUCACAUUCAUCGGUGUCCUUAGCUCGUGCGCGCACGUGGGUGCCGUCUCGGACGCGCGGGCUAUCUUCGACUCGAUGGAGAAGGAAUACGGGAUGAAGCCGAAAGUCGAGCAUUACGGGUGCAUGGUGAACCUUCUGGGCCGGGCUGGGAGAUUGGACGAGGCUUACGGGCUUGCCAUGAGUGUAGCCGAACAGGCGGACCCCGUCAUCUGGGGGACGCUGCUCGACGCGUGCAGGCUCCACAAAAAUGUCGGUCUUGGCGAGAAAAUAUUCGAGCAGGUAGUUGCGUGUGGGGAGGCAGGGUCGGGGGCCCACGUGCUGUUAUCAAACAUCUAUGCUGGGUCGGGAGAUUGGAAUGGGGUUUCGAGAAUGAGGGCUCGGAUGAAGGAGUGUGGAGUGCGCAAGGAGCCGGGUUGCAGCUCGAUCGAGGUCGACGGUGAGGUGCAUGAGUUUGUUGCGGGGGACGUGAAGCACCCGAGGGCUGAAGAGAUCUAUGGCAUGCUCGGGAAAAUGAGCGGUUGGGUAAAGGAGAGGGGAUACGCGGCCCAGACGAAGGGGGUGUGUUCUUGUGGGGAGGUUUCAUGUACACUAGUAUCUACAACAUAUGUCAGUACGUAACCGUAAAUGGAACAGUUUCUGCUUAGCCCGGCGAAAUUUGACUUUUCUUUCUCCCUCUCUGUAAGUAGUGUACAUACAAGACCAGUUGGUAAAAUAUGAAGUUAAUUAGCC